GACGGCCAGAUCAACUACGACGAGUUUGUCAAGGUCAUGAUGGCGAAAUGAUCAAUAAACCUCCCCUCAUCUCACAUCUGAACAAUGGCGCCAAAGGGCGAGAAGAAACCCGCUGCAGAGAAGCCCGCCGUCGAAGAGAAGCCGGCGGAGAAGAAACCUAAGGCGGAGAAGCGGCUGCCGGCGAAGGACUCCGCAGGCGAAAAGAAUAAAAAGAAGAGGAGCAAGAAGAGCUCGGAAACCUAUAAGAUCUACAUCUUCAAGGUCCUGAAGCAGGUUCAUCCCGACAUCGGGAUCUCCAGCAAGGCGAUGAGCAUCAUGAAUUCGUUCAUCAAUGAUAUCUUCGAGAAGCUUGCUAAUGAAUCAUCUCGCCUCGCCCGUUACAACAAGAAGCCGACGAUCACCUCCCGCGAGAUUCAGACGUCUGUGCGGCUGGCGCUUCCCGGGGAGCUCGCCAAGCAUGCUGUGUCUGAGGGUACGAAAGCUGUUACUAAAUUUACGAGUUCUUAGGGGGUAGUUGAGGAAUCAUUGGUCCAGGGCUGUGUGUUGAUUUAGCAGAAUUUGUUAGGGUUUUGCUUAUUGUUAUAUGAUACUGGUUUUCAUCUUUAUAUUCA